AUGGACGGGGCGUGCAUGGUGCUGGUCCUGUGCGGCCUGCCUGGCGCUGGCAAGUCCACCCUCGCCAGACGCCUGGCCCAGUCGAGCGCCACACAUAUUGAUGGAGAGCUGCAGGUAGAGGUGCACCACAUUAGCUUCGAUGACGUCGACAUCGGCGGGGUCGUUGCGGCGAGCAGCGAAGUGGAGGAGGUUGCUAUCGACUUCGAAGCGGACAGGUGGUGCCGGUCGCGGGCGCUCGCCCUCCUCGAAGUGGAACGCCGCAUAGACGAGAGCCGCCAAACAAACAACAGUAUUGGCACGUGUGUGAGUCGCCGGCUGAUCGUGGUGGACGACAACAUGUACUACCGUAGCAUGCGCCACCAGUGCUACCUCCUCGCCAAGAAACACGAAGUGCCCUAUGGCCAGGUGUAUGUGGAGGUACCGCUUGCCGUGGCGCUCGCCCGUAACGCCCGGCGCACGGGUUCUGCGCGCGUUCCAGACGAGAUCAUCGAGCGCAUGCACGCUCGGUUCGAGGCGCCCCAACCCGCGGACCACGGCUGGGAGCGCCACACGUGUGUUGUGCACCCGCAGAGGGAGGAGGAGGAGCCGGAGGGCGAUGCAGCCGCAGACCUCGACCUGCAGCGGCUGUGGCAGGCCAUCGCGGCGAUGUGGAGCGACAACUUCGUGCGGGCCGAGGCCUGCGAGGAGCGCGAACGCGAGCGACGGCGAGACGAGGACCGGGAGCAGUGUCUGACCAACUUCCUCCACCGGCUCGACCAGCAGCUGCGCGGUCGGGUGGCCUCCAUUCUCGCCACCGCCACCGCCACCGCCACGCCCACGGCCGACCGAAGGAGGGGGAAUGGGGCGGGGAAGCUGGUGGCCAAUCUCAAGCGCGUCUUCCUCGCCGAAGCUCGCAGCCGCGACGACGUGCGUGUCUUCCUCUCACGGCCGGCGAGCGCUGGUGGUGUGGACGACGCAGCACCCACAGAAGACUCUGCCGAGCUCCAGCUUGUGCGUCAGCUCGUCGAGGUGUUCGCGGAGCGGUGCCUUGCUGCGCUUGCGCCGCCAUGA